CGAAAGUACCUGUGCAGUCAUUGACACAUCGACCGUUGUUAGCAACGGAACAGUUACAAUCGUUGUAUCUACGGUUGGAAUGGUCAGCCAGGCGGUGCUUGACAUCGUCCUGCUCGUCAACCUCGACGUUCUCGGCGAGUUGGUCGGUCUCGCGGGCAUCGUCGCCAACAUCAUCACCCUCACCGUGUUCGUCAGCGAGGGGUUCCAUGACACGGUCAACAUCAGCCUGACCGCCCUGGCCGUGAGUGACCUCGGCGCGCUGGUCACCCUCCAGCUGUACAACGUGAUGGUCAACCCCUGGUUCGCCAGGGCCGACCUGCCGUUCCUGCCGCUCGAGCUGCAGAGCCUGACGGCAUUCUACCCGCACAACUACUUCACGCGGGUCCGCGGGUUCAUCACCGCUUUCGUGGCUUUCGAGCGCUGCCUCUGCGUCGCGCUCCCGCUGAAGAUCAAGCAGAUCCUCACGAAACGGGUGGCCGUGAUCUUCAACGUGUCCGUCUACUCGCUGAUGGUGCUCAACGUGUUCCCCAACUACUACAUGACCUACUACGACUGGAAAUUCGUCAAGUCGCGAAACAGAACCGUCUUCGGGAUACUGUACCGACCCAACAAAGACGCCGUGUUCGCAGUUUCGUUUCUCGUGACCGAUCUCCUGGUGCCGGUCUUCGCGUUCUUCAGCGUGGUCGUCUGCACCGUGGUCAUUGUUGUGACGUUACACACGAAGGUCGCGUGGAGGAGGUCGGCGUCCAGCUCUUCGGAGGUCACCGGUAAAGGGAUUCCGAGCAAGGAGCGCAAGGUCAUGGUCAUGAUCACGACGGUGUCGGUUAUCUUCAUCAUAUGUUUCUUCCCGUUUUCGGCGAUUCUCACGGCGCGGGCGCUCGUCCCCGGGAUGAGCAUCAACGGUCCUUACUGGAACUUGGUCCUACUCGUGGGGUCCGUCGCUUUCUUCAUGGAGACCGUCAACUGUAGCAUAAGCAUCAUAGUUUAUUAUAGGAUGAGUACUAAGUUCAGAGUUCGACUGCGGGCCAUCAUGGGAUGGGAUAAAGGAGAUAUCAAGAAGUGAAGGGUUCUUUCAUAAUUGUUUUUUUUUUUAUGGGGGGGAGACAAAAUAAAUUGAUCUUUGUUUGAAAAUUCAUUCCAAUGAGAGGGAAUUUCAUUGCUAUGUUCGAUAAGAAAUCUAUCUUUGACCCAUAUUGUAAAAUACAAUAAACAGUUGACAAAAACUUCAGUUUUAAUGGAAGAAAAAAAUGAAACUGAAAUUACGGGUAGCAGGCCUCGAAAAUUUACGUCAAAGAACGUCAUUGGCAAAAUUAAGAAGGAACUGAAUCCUGAAACAGAGCAUCAUUUUGACAAGUAUAUUUUCUUUUUGAAAUGUCCGAUUUCAAUCAAAACCAAAUUAGAUUUCGGCCAAGUGAAAUUAAGCAAUAAUUUAAAGAAUGUUUUAAACCU